AUGUCUCCCAUCCAACUUCAGGAUCAGCGUUUGUGGUUCAAGGGGCCUCUCUGGCUGUGCCAGGAGAAGAGUUUAUGGCCAUCCAACAAACCAAGAGAAACAAUUGAUUCCUCACUUCUGGAAGAGAAAUCAAUCAUAGCGUUACCCACGAUAAUCGAGCAGCCUAACGAAAUAUUCUCGUUGCGUUCAUCGUUAUUUGAACUGACUCGUGUAGUUGCAUUAAUAAAUCGAUUCAGACAUAAUUGUCAGCCUAACGGAAACCAACCCAAACUCACAGGAUUCCUCACACACGCUGAGCACGAACAUGCUAUGAUUAUACUGAUUCGGCUCUCCCAGAGCGAGUCGUUUGCAGCUGAGAUUUCCGCUUUGCGAAAGGGUCAUCAAAUAUCAGCCAGUUCAUCGAUUGCUACGUUGAACCCAAUACUUAUCGAUGAUGUUCUUCGUGUUGGCGGCCGGUUGAUGAACGCGGCGAUUUCCUCAGAUAGAAAAUAUCCCAUUAUUCUCAGUCAUCGACAUCCACUCACUAAGUUGAUAAUGGUACAAUACCAUCGAAAACUUUUUCACGCAGGGCUGCAGCUAUUGGUUUCCACGGUACGUGAAAAAUACUGGCCUACCCGUAUUAGACGACUAGCAAACACAGUACUUCACGAGUGCGUAUCCUGUUUCCGCACCAGACCGAAGGUUCUGGAUCAAUUAAUGGCGGAUCUACCAUCUGAACGUGUGUCUCCGGCUCCUCCAUUCUUGAAGGUUGGGGUCGACUAUUGUGGACCGUUCCCUGUUGUUUAUCCUGGACGUCGCGCUGUUCCAAGGAAAUCCUUCAUCGCUAUUUUUGUUUGCCUGGUGACGAAGGCGGUGCAUUUGGAGCUCGCAGGAGAUUUGACCAGUGAAGCCUUCCUUGCAGCCUUCAAGCGAUUUAUAGCCCGUAGAGGAAAACCUGCUGUAUUCCAGGAAUCAGCGGUUCGUGAAGCAGCUCAAGAUGGCAUAGACUUCCGGUUUAUUCCUCCUCGAUCACCUAACUUCGGAGGACUUUGGGAAGCAGCGGUGAAGUCUUUCAAAACGCAUUUCAAAAGAUCCAUCGGUGUUCGAGUUUUACAGCAUGAUGAAAUGCAGACAGUUGUGGUUCAGAUAGAAUCCGUGCUAAAUUCCCGUCCGUUGACUCCAAUUAGUAAUGAUCCCAACAAUUAUGAAGCGCUAACCCCGGGACAUUUCCUUGUCCAGAGACCUCUGUCAGCUAUACCGGAACCGUGUCUCCAAGAAAUACCAGAGAACAGACUCUCUAUGUGGCAACGGGCGCAAUCAUUUGUGCAGCAAUUGUGGAAAAAAUGGUCUGUGCAAUACCUUUCCGAUCUCCACAAUCGCACCAAAUGGACCCGUCAACGCAACAAUAUAUCGACGGGUACCAUGGUCCUGAUGAAAGAGGACAAACUUCCACCAUUAAAGUGGAGCCUUGGACGCGUGGUGAAUACUCACCAAGGACCCGAUGGCAACAUUCGGGUUGCUACAGUACGAACAAAAGAUGGCGAAUAUAAGAGAGCGAUAUCGAAGAUAUGUGUUCUUCCGAUCCAGGAUAACCAUGAUGUAUCGACGCAGCAAAAUUAA